GAAGGCGCCUCUUUGGGCAGUAGAUCUACGUGUUACGUGGUAGUGUAUCGUUAGCCUGAAUGCUAACUGGACCGCUAACACGAAGAAAGAUGGAUUCUCCUAUACUGGAACCAUCCCUAUAUACUGUCAAAGCUGUUCUCAUUCUGGACAACGAUGGAGACAGGCUCUAUGCUAAGUAUUAUGAUGACACAUAUCCUACAGUCAAAGAGCAGAAAGCCUUCGAGAAGAAUAUAUUUAACAAAACUCACCGGACAGACAGUGAAAUUGCUCUGCUAGAGGGUCUGACUGUAGUUUACAAGAGUAACAUUGAUCUCUUCUUUUAUGUGAUUGGAAGUUCACAUGAAAAUGAGCUCAUGCUAAUGGCUGUUCUCAAUUGUCUGUUUGAUUCACUCAGCCAGAUGCUGAGGAAAAACGUUGAAAGAAGAGCUUUGCUUGAAAACAUGGAGGGCCUUUUUCUUGCAGUAGAUGAAAUAGUAGAUGGCGGGGUGAUUUUGGAGAGUGAUCCUCAACAAGUUGUGCAUCGCGUGGCUCUUAGAGGAGAUGACGUGCCUUUAACAGAGCAGACAGUCACCCAGGUACUCCAGUCAGCCAAGGAGCAGAUUAAGUGGUCCCUUCUUCGAUAGAGUCACUCCGGGCUGUGAUUGGUGAGCCCUGAGCCCCACUGGCUCCCACACUCCGUGGACCACAACUUUCAUCACUUUCACUUAAGUCUUCUAUGACCUUUCUACACUGGUUUGUGUUAUUAAACAAAAAAAAAAACAAAAAAAAAAAACAUUCUAGAAUGUGGCAUAUGCCGGUCUUUUCAUGAACAAUAUGCAUGUUGAUUAAGAACAAUCGUAAACUGUGUAACACUUGUAAGAACAUUCCCAAUGUGUCUUUGAGAAGUAUUAUGUCAUUUUAGUGCCUCUUUCCUUUUGUUUUGACUACUGUAAAAAAUACCAGCUGUCCCACUAAUGAUGGGAACUUAAGAUGUUGAACAUGUCAUUUUUUCACAAAUCACUGAAUUAUUUUAUGUUUAUGAACAUCAUAAAUGUAGUUUUGAAAAAUAAAA